GCGCAUGUGGUGGGCCUGGCCUGGCCCCAUCUCCACCCUGGGGCUCCGCCCGUGCGAGGCCGGGCUGCCACCCUGCCCUUCCCACCCGCGACCUGGGGUCCCCGCCCUCGGCGCCCCUGUGGUCUCCUGCUCUCUGGUACUUUCUCUUCCCCAAUUGUGAAAAUGGCCGUUUUCACCCCAGAUGCAUCUGGCACGGCCCACAAGGCGUGGCUCAUGUACUUAGAACCCCCGGGACAAGGAGCACCCCUCGCGCUCUGCUUUGACGCUGCUGUGACUGAGGUGGGUCCCUCCGACCCGGGCUGGGCACCCUCACACAUCAGGGCAUCCAGCCGGAGCUGUGGGCGGCUGUGGCUAGCAUGCUGCCUGGACUGGGGAGGCCAGGGGACACUGGACAGGCGGGUGAUGGGCUGACUCGCGGCUCUCCCCCUUCCCCAAGGCCCCCUGUGCACAGCCUGGGACGGGCCUAUGGCAGGUGACCACACAGCUCAGCUUGACAAGAUGUCGGUGAAGGAGGGCGCGCAGCGCAAGUGGGCGGCGCUGAAGGAGAAGCUGGGGCCGCAGGAGGGGGACCCCGCGGAGGCCAACCUGGAGAGCGCCGAGCCCGAGCUGUGCGUGCGGCUGCUGCAGGUGCCCUCUGUGGUCAACUACUCGGGGCUACGCAAGCGUCUGGAGAGCAGCGACGGCAGCUGGAUGGUGCAGUUCCUGGAGCAGAGUGGCCUGGACCUGCUGCUCGAGGCCCUGGCACGCUUGUCGGGCCGCGGGGUGGCACGCAUCGCAGACGCGCUGCUGCAGCUCACGUGUGUCGGCUGCGUGCGCGCUGUCAUGAACUCCCGCCCCGGCAUGGGCUACAUCCUGGGCAACCAGGCCUACGUGCGCCAGCUCUCCCUGGCACUGGACACAUCCAAUGUGAUGGUCAAGAAGCAGGUGUUUGAGCUGCUGGCUGCCCUGUGCAUCUAUUCCCCAGAGGGCCAUGCCCUGGCCCUGGACGCGCUGGACCAUUACAAGACGGUGUGCAGCCAGCAGUACCGCUUCAGCGUCAUCAUGGCCGAGCUGGCCGACAGCGACAACGUGCCCUAUGUGGUCACCCUGCUCAGUGUGGUCAAUGCCCUCAUCCUGGGCACCGAGGACCUGCGGGCCCGCACCCAGCUGCGCAGCGAGUUCAUAGGGCUGCAGCUGCUGGACAUUCUGACACGCCUGCGGGAGCUGGAGGACGCCGACCUGCUGAUCCAGCUGGAGGCCUUCGCGGAGGCCAGGGCGGAGGACGAGGAGGAGCUGCUGCGCGUGUGCGGCGGCGUGGACAUGAGCAGCCACCAGGAGGUCUUCGCCUCCCUGUUCCACAAGGUGAGCUGCUCGCCGGCGUCCGCCCAGCUGCUGUCCGUGCUGCAGGGCCUCCUGCUGCUGGAGCCCGGCCUGCGCUCCGGCCAGCUGCUCUGGGCAGCCCUGGAGAGCCUGGUGAACCGGGCCGUGCUCCUGGCCAGCGACGCGGAGGAAUGCACCCUGGAGGAGAUGACGGAGCGGCUCCUGUCCAUCAAGGGGCGGCUGCGCCCCAGCUCCCUGGACAAAGCCCACAAGAGUGUCCAAGCUGACCUGGGGCAGAGUCAAAGGGGCAGCUCCCCCAAAAGCUCCAGCACCCGGAAGGCAGAUGUGGAGGGCCAGCAGCCCGCAGCCGUCCCCUCCAGCCAGCAGGGGGUCAGCAGCCAGAGCCCCGGGACAAGGAUGACUGCUCCGCCAACAACCUCACCCGCCCCUGCUCCCCCUCCUCCCCCACCACCCCCACUGCCCGGCCAGGGCGCCUCAGUCCCCCCAGCACCCCCUCCCCCUCCCCCACUGCCCGGCCAGGGGUCCUCAGGGGCCUCAGUCCCCCCAGCUCCCCCUCCCCCACCACCCCCACUGCCCGGCCAGGGCGCCUCAGUCCCCCCAGCACCCCCUCCCCCUCCCCCACUGCCCGGCCAGGGUCCCCCAGCACCCCCUCCCCCUCCCCCACUGCCCGGCUUAGGUGGGACCCUAUCCCCGCCCCCCCCGCCCCCCUGCCCCCUGCCCGGCGUGGGCUGGGGCGCCCCCGGGGGCGCGGCGGACGUCAUCCUGGCCCAGGUGGACCACGGCCUGGGCUCGGCCCCGCCGCCCGCCCGGCGGGUGCACCCGCCCACGCUGCGCAUGAAGAAGCUCAACUGGCAGAAGCUGCCGUCCAGCGUGGCCCGCGAGCACCGCUCGCUGUGGGCCGCGCCGAGCGCCCGCGCCGCCGCCGUGGAGCCCGACCUCGCCAGCCUCGAGCGCCUCUUCUCCUUCCCCGCCGCCAAGCCCCGGGAGCCCGCGGCCGCGCCCGCGCGGAGGGAGCCCAAGGAGAUCACCUUCCUGGACCCCAAGAAGAGCCUGCACCUCAACAUCUUCCUGAAGCAGUUCAAGUGCUCCAACCAGGAGAUCGCCGCCAUGAUCCGGGCGGGGGACACCGCCAGGUUCGACGUGGAGGUGCUCAAGCAGCUCCUCAAGCUCCUUCCUGAGAAGCACGAGGUUGAGCACCUGCGCUCAUUCACAGAGGAGCAGGCCAGGCUGGCCAGUGCAGACCAGUUCUACACACUCCUGCUGGGCAUCCCCUGCUACCAGCUGCGCAUCGAGUGCAUGCUGCUGUGCGAGGGCACGGCCGUCGUGCUGGACAUGGUGCGGCCCAAGGCCCAGCUGGUGCUCACCGCCUGCGAGAGCCUGCUCACCAGCCGCCAGCUGCCCGUCUUCUGCCAGCUGAUCCUGAAAAUCGGGAACUUUCUCAACUACGGCAGCCACACCGGGGACGCAGCCGGCUUCAAGAUGAGCACGCUGCUCAAGCUGACGGAGACCAGGUCCCAGCAGGGCCGCGUGACGCUGCUGCACCACGUGCUGGAGGAGGCGGAAAAGCACCACCCGGACCUCCUGCAGCUACCCCAGGAGUUGGAGGGGCCCUCACAGGCAGCCGGGAUCAACCUGGAGCUCAUGCGCUCCGAGUCCAGCGCCAACUUGGCGAGGCUGGAGGACAUGGCCCGAAGGCUGCCCGCCGCCGCCCCCGAGGUGCAGGAGCAGUACGCCCAGCGCCUGCAGGCCAGCAUCCAGGCCUCCCAGGCGCUGGACGAGGUGUUCCAGGCCAUCGGGCAGAAGCGGCAGGAGCUGGCCGCCUACCUGUGCGAGGACCCCCAGCAGCUGAGCCUGGAGGAGACCUUCAGCACCAUGAAGACCUUCCGUGACCUCUUCGUCCGCGCCCUGAAGGAGAACAAGGACCGGAAGGAGCAGGCCGCGAAGGCCGCGCGCAGGAAGCAGCAGCUGGCGGAGGAGGAGGCGCGGCGGCCGCGGGAAGAGGCCGGGAAGCCAGGCAGGCCGGGCGGCGGGAGGCAGGAGGAGGUGUGUGUCAUCGACGCCCUGCUGGCGGACAUCAGGAAGGGCUUCCAGCUGCGGAAGACAGCCCGUGGCCGGGGCGACACGGAAGCAGGCGGCAGGGUGGCCCCCCCAGGCCCCCCGAGGGAUGAGGAGCCAGCCAGCGCCAGUGCACCUGCAGGCGGCCCCGCAGGGGGCACCAGCUGCCCUGCUGCCCCCGAGCCCCAUCUGGACACUGCAGCCAGGGAGCCUCCCGCCUGGGACCUCGUGGACGCCGUCCCCCCUGGCGCACAGCCGCCCGGGCAGCCGUCGGAGGAGGGCCAUCCUGCGCCUCUGGAGAGGCAGGCCUCCUGGUACACGGACGCCAGUGACGUCCUGGCCCCGGAGGACCCCCCGAGUCCCCAGCCCUCUGCGGGGACCUGGUUGGGGGUACUGGGUGACACACAGGUCCUGGAGCCUCUCCCGUUCUCCUGCGGCCCCCUCCCCGAGGCCAGCCGACACCCUGAGAACCCCACAGCCCUGGGAGGCGUCUGCCGGGCCCGGGUGGACAGCACCGGCCAGGGGCUGGAGGACACGGCUACUCCCAGCCACGACGCCGGACUCCCCGACGGGGACGAGGAGGACACAGCCCCGGAUUCCACGCUGGACACGUCCCUGGACAGAUCCUACUCUGAGGACACGGUGACCGACUCCUCGGGGUCCGGCAGCCUCCCCAGGCCCCGUGGGCGGGCCUCGAAGGGCGCUGGCAAGCGAAGGAAGAAGCGUCCGUCCCGGAGCCAAGAAGGCCUCAGGCCCAAGCCCAGAGCCAAGUGAGGGAGCCCGGCCUGGGCACACGGGGCCACGGGACUGCCGCUGCGCAGGGCUCCCGUGCCGGGCUGGCACCGGCCUCAGAAACCAGAACUCCGUGCCUUACCUGGCCAGGACCUGGGCAGCGCUGGGCCCUCUGGUCCCCCAGCGUGUGGUGGACGGGACCCCAACAGGCACUGGCCAGGCCACCUGGCGCCCCAGACCCUGCACCCCAGCCCUCCUGUCUGCUUUGUCCCAGCCGCACCUGCACACCCGCUACCGCCGCUGGGGCAUCCUGUGCGGGGCUGCUCACGUGGCUCUGCAGGUGACCCAGGGGCCAGGUUCUGCUGGGGACAGACCCCCACAAGCCCCAGCAGCUCUGAGAGCCCCGGGACCCAGCAGGGGUGCACACGGCCCUCCCCACACCUGCCCAC